GUUCAGAUCGGUUUCCGAUUCGGAUUCGGUUUCGAUUUCGCUGUUUGCUGUUCGCUCUUCGGUUCGCACACUUGCAGCUCCAUUCUAUAUGGGAAAAAAGCACAAGAAGAAAUUCACGAAAAGGUGCCUAAUUUUGUUACACACUUUAAAAUUCAGCCCAGCGGCUAGAAACCCACAAAAAAAAAAGAUCAAGACGAAAAAAAUAAAAAAUAAAAUAAUAAGAAGUAACCGAAACCGACAAGACAUUUCAAUCAAUCAAAAAGACGCAAAACCUAAUCGAAAUUGUUAAUCGAAAAUUACACAAAAUGGAAGAAACUGUUAAGAAAUAAAGCCAUAAGACCGAGCCACCGAAAAGUGAGAGUUUUCCUCGUUCGUGCCCAUGUUCGAGCCCACAAUACGUACGCCCACGACUGAAGAAAGGCAGUGAAAUAAAAAGAAAUCAACCGAAACAAAAGUGAAAAACAAUAAAGGCCACGGAAAACCACGGUGCAAUAAAAGCUUAACUCAAUAGCAGGGGAAAAAAUAUUUUCAAUUCGAGACGUCGCAAUAAAGAAAACAAAUAAAGUUCGAAAGAAAACAAAAAAUAAAGGCCCCAGUAACAAUUAAUUAAGAGUGUGGUGCAGCUAUAACAAUAACAAAAAACUAGCUCACAUGUAUUUACAAAAGACUUUUACGACUUCGCAGUGAAAUGCAAAUCAAUUAAACAUCAUAUGUAUUGUUAAAACAAAACGAAAAAAAAGGAGUUAAAAACGAAAAGAAAUUUUCGUUACAAUUUGAUUUGCCAUUACCCGAGGAUUUGAUGUGUUUUAUUGACCAUGAAAACGAUGGAAAGUCCGCGACUCUAAAAAAUACAUAUUUAAAAAUAAUUAACGAGAAUUCCCCAACUUGUGCGUGCAAUCAUUUCGAAUGAAAGCAAGAAGAGUUCAAUCGUAAAUGGAAAAACGGCCAAGUGAAAAAAAUGGCAAGAAGUGAAAAUCAAAUUUAAAAAUCCAUCAAAAAGUUUGCCGUUCUACAAAGAUAAUUAAACAUUUAACCGACUAAUAAAGCAAGGCGUAAACUUUACAAUCGCAGCCAAAUAGCAAAUAGCCGAAACUGAACUGAAAGCCUAACAUGCGCCCGGCACGUUACCGAUGAAGCAGCCAACUUUAAUCAGACCCAGACUCAGACACAGAAGAAGCACACCAGCGGCAGCCACCAAGAUGUGUCCCAAAAGGCAUUGGCUAGUCAACAACAGAGCAGCGGGCUCGCGAGGAUCAGGAGGAGCUGCGGCGCGGAGCAGGCGCAGUCUAGACCAAAUAGUAGAAGUAUUAGUAGCCUUAAUCGUAGUCAAUUGCCUGGCCACAGCAGCAGCGGCGCUGAUCACACCGCCCGACAGCCUCGAGUCACUGGGCUCCCUGGGCAUCCCGUCAUCCUCCGCCUCCUCCUCCGAGGACGACGAUGGCAUGACUAGCGGCUUCUACCGCAGCCCGCACCGCCUGGAGGGCUAUCCGCAGUUGCAGCAGCUGCAGCGCGGCCAGAACUUCAAGAUCAGCCCCAAGCCGUGCUCCUUUGGCCGCGUCGAGGGCACCUGCAUGUUCGUGUGGGAGUGCAUCAAGUCCGAGGGCAAGCACGUGGGCAUGUGCGUCGACUCCUUCAUGUUCGGCUCCUGCUGCACGCACAACUACACCGACAACAUCGUCCUGCCCCAGACGGCCUUCUCCUACACGAGGCCCACCAAGCCGCUCACGCUCCGCCCGCGACCGCCGGCAGCGCCCUACAAACCGAUGAUCAGCGGCAUGACCACCAUCGAGCGGCCUCAUGGCGCUGGCACCCUUGUGAUUCGUCCUUCGGGUCCGCACCACCAGGGCACACUGGCACGCCCGCAUCCGCCGCCCUACCAGAGCAAGCCCACAACUGCCUCGGAUCUGCAGGGCUCAGCCUCGCAUCCCAGCUCCAGUUCCAGCUCCAGCUCUAGUUCGAAUCCCAAUAGCAUUUGGCAUACAUCGACCCAGCAGCAGCAGCAUCAGCAGAACCACUGGCAGAUGACCACCGAGCCGAGCUUUAUUACCAAGCCGCGACCCACCGGCUGGACCAAGCCCGGCAUCGUCAAUUUGCCAAUGCCCGCGCGACCCUCCAAGCCGUCGAAGCCCACAAAGAAACCGAUUGUCUACGACCGGACACCGCCACCGCCGCCGUCCGUCCCACCGUCCGUUUCCACCUCGACGACAUCAACGUCGCUGAUUUGGCCGGGCCAGACGCAUCCCCCGCAGCCGCAUCGCCCCACCAGGCCGCAGCUGUCGCCGGGCACAUCAUUAGCCGCAUCCUCGUCCUCACACUGGCCAUCGUCAACCACCUCAUCCACUACAUCCACAACCACGACAACAACCACUCGUCGGACAACCACACCGGCGACCACAACGAGGAGGACCACGACAAACAAGCCCACCAGGCCCUACCAGCGGCCCACCACGGCGAUCUCCAGCUCGAGCACCUCCACCACUUCGAGCAAUACUCCCGCCACAACCAGGCCGAUUAGCUCCAGCAGUUCCAGCAGCAGCAGCGGAAUCGUCACCAGCUCCCAACGGCCAACGCAGCCUACGCACCGUCCGCCGGUUCUGGCCACCUCCGGCAUCGAGUCCAACGAGAUAUCAGACUCCUCCAUCCCCGACGCCGGAGCUCUGGGCCAUGUAAAGACCAUUUCGGCGGCUCGCAGUGAGUGCGGAGUACCGACUUUGGCGCGGCCCGAGACGCGAAUCGUGGGCGGUAAGAGCGCGGCCUUCGGUCGUUGGCCCUGGCAGGUGUCGGUGCGGCGCACCUCCUUCUUUGGAUUCUCGAGCACCCACCGUUGCGGUGGCGCUUUGAUCAACGAGAACUGGAUAGCCACCGCCGGACAUUGCGUGGACGACCUGCUCAUUUCGCAGAUACGCAUCCGCGUGGGCGAGUACGACUUCUCGCAUGUGCAGGAACAGCUGCCCUACAUAGAGCGCGGGGUGUCCAAGAAGGUGGUGCAUCCCAAGUAUAGCUUCCUCACGUACGAGUACGACCUGGCGCUGGUCAAGCUGGAGCAGCCGCUCGAAUUCGCGCCGCAUGUCAGUCCCAUUUGCCUGCCCGAGACGGACAGCCUCCUAAUUGGCAUGAACGCCACGGUCACCGGCUGGGGUCGUCUCAGCGAGGGCGGCACCCUGCCUUCCGUCCUCCAAGAGGUCUCCGUGCCGAUUGUAAGUAACGACAAUUGCAAAUCGAUGUUCAUGCGAGCUGGUCGCCAGGAGUUCAUUCCGGAUAUAUUCCUGUGUGCGGGCUAUGAAACGGGAGGGCAGGACUCCUGUCAGGGCGAUUCAGGAGGUCCACUGCAGGUAAGAUGCCCGAUGAAGCAAAACCAUGAGAUAUAUGCUAAUACAUAUUUCGCAGGCCAAGUCGCAGGAUGGGCGCUUCUUUCUGGCCGGGAUCAUCUCCUGGGGCAUUGGCUGUGCCGAGGCCAAUUUGCCCGGAGUCUGUACGAGAAUCUCCAAGUUUACGCCGUGGAUACUGGAGCAUGUCAGAUGAUGAUCAGAAGAUACUGACGGCGGCAGAUCGACUUUUGUUAUUUGUUUUAAUUUAUCAGUUGUAUCUAUAAGUCUUGUGUGAUUUAUCUUAAAGGAAUGUUAAGCGUAGUUAGCUUCAAUUUAACAAUUUUAACAGCUUGGCCUUGUGGGCCACUGCCACGCCCCUAUCCGCACUCACCCACUCACUUACACACACACACACACACACACAGUCAACGCCCACUAAUUUAGUCUAGCGAAAUGUUAGCACCGUAAGUUGUCUAACAAGGAAAUCGGUCGGAUUUCGAAUUGGAUUAUCUAUUUGUAUAUAGCCGAAGGGAUAGGGGGUUUGGGAGGGGUAGGGGGGAUUGGGAGUCAUUUGCAUGUCCACAAGUUGUUGGUAUUUUAGUGUAGUAAUAUUUAACAAUUAACUAAAUCUAUAUUUAUUGUAAACAAAUGCAUGCAGACAUCCGAACGUUGUUUGUAUCUUGCCCAAAGAACAAGUCUAUCUAUAGCGAUGCGAAAGCUCGAGAGCAAUAAAAGAUUACUGAAAAUAUUGUCUAAUAAAUAAUGCCGCACUCGGA